CGCAUCUGGUCGUUUUGUUGCACUAGCUAUGUCUUCGAUCACGCAGAGGACCUCGGGCCUCGUCCAGCGGAGGACCGAGGCCAUUCGCAGCGCCGCCGCCGACAAGGAGAGGGAGUCCGGCGGGGAGGAGGACGAGGCGCGCCGCGGGGAGGAGGAGGACGACGACAAGGGGGACUCGAAGGAAACCCGGCUCACAUUGAUGGAGGAAGUGUUGCUGCUGGGCCUCAAGGAUCGAGAGGGCUACACGUCUUUUUGGAACGACUGUAUUUCUUCCGGGCUCCGCGGGUGUAUGCUGGUCGAGCUGGCCCUCAGGGGGAGGCUACAGCUGGAGGCCUGCGGGGUGAGGAGGAAAAGCCUGCUCUCAAGGAAGGUGAUCUGCAAGUCAGAUGCCCCGACAGGAGAUGUGCUACUGGAUGAGGCCUUGAAGCACAUUAAAGAAACCCAGCCUCCAGAGACUGUCCAGAGCUGGAUAGAGCUGCUGAGUGGAGAGACCUGGAAUCCCUUGAAGCUGCACUACCAGCUGAGAAAUGUGAGAGAACGUCUGGCAAAAAACCUGGUUGAGAAAGGCGUCCUCACCACGGAGAAACAGAAUUUCCUGCUUUUUGACAUGACCACACAUCCGCUCACCAACAGCACCAUUAAACAGCGUCUCGUCAAGAAGGUCCAGGACUCUGUUUUGGAGAAGUGGGUCAACGAUCCCCACCGCAUGGACAAGCGGGUCCUGGCUCUAAUCCUUCUGGCCCACUCAUCCGACGUUCUCGAGAAUGCCUUUGCCCCACUCCAAGACGACCAGUACGACCUAGGCAUGAAGAGAGUCCACACUCUGCUAGAGCUGGAGCCGGAGAAAGAGAGCGCAAAGCCCAACACCAAUGAACUUAUGUGGGCUGUGGUGGCCGCAUUUACUAAAUGAAAACACUUGAUUGGUUGGACUGGAAGAUCUGGCUACGGUCUGUAUUAUUUAACAGGUUGAAGGACUUCACUUAAUGAGACAGACUUCACUUUAAUGAGACAAUCUAUUUUGGUUGGGGAGCCUGUUUCUACAUCUAUUCUGGAUGACAUUUGUUGGUAGUCCAUAUUAAUCCAGUGCAAUCCGAUUGGUGGUGGGCUUCACCAAGUAACAUUUUGUUGGUUGGAAAGAUCUCUAAAAGAAAACUGACUGGCCGCUCUCACACAGUAAAGGUAAGUGAUCUGCCACAGCGAGGUUGGACAUACUUCUCAACAACGACACUACAAACAGGUGGGCUUCUGUUAGAUGUUAGAUGGCAUCAGAGAACAAAGCAGGUGACAGCAGUAGUCAUGGUGAAUAUGAAGAUUUCCACUGGGGUCAUUUUCCCCUUCUACUCUAAGGACACAUCAUCUCUCCAUUACUGCUAGACCUAGUCAGAAUCAAAUCCUGGUCUCCGUACUCUUCCCCAUGCUUAUGCAAGGAUAAAGGACAGCAAAUCACACGGCUAUGGAUGCUCUUUGCACUCAUGCAGGUCUCCUGCUUCCACCUAUUCAUUCCCACUUGUGUUGGGAGUUCAGGCUUAGGGUUACUGUUAGAACACAUUACCUUAAUGUUAUUACUGAUUGCCUCUGUCUUCUUGUUAAAUUUCCAAUUCUCCUUUCUUCCUCAUUACAUUUUGAGGAGGAAAGAGAGGCCCCAAAGUAACCCUUCAGUUCAGUUCCUGCAUUUUUAAGAGUCUGCUGGGUAAUUUGGCCCUUAUAGACUGACCUAAAUGAAGAAUUAAACCUUAAAUCAAAAAAACUUUUUAAUCUUAUUAGUUAGCUGUUUUUGCAAGGGUCCAGUCUGUGUUCAUAAAAUCAGACUCGUCUUUCAUUUCUACUUAUGCUAUCGAUGCUUGGACUAGCCUGCCAUUUAUCAACUAUUUUGCACAGUCAAUAGCCCUGUAGGUAGGAUAGUAUUUAUAGGGAUUUUUCUCGGGUUGAGUAACCCGCUUGUGAAAAUGGGGUUGAAAAGUAUGAUCCUUAGCAUCCAUGGUUUUUAAAAAAAAAAAAAAAAAAAAAAAGAUCUCACUUAUUUUGUCCACAGGUAUUGAGCUCUCUAUUGAUGAUAAAUAUUUUCAAAUCAUUUGUCUGGACAUAUAUUUUAAAAAAAAAAGCUUCUUAUUUUGACGUGUCAACUGAGCUGUAAAGACAUGGGAAAGACAAUGACUGAAUCUGUUGUGAUUUGGAUUUCUGUGAACAGCCUACACAAGAUUAACAAUAUGAUCCUUAGCAGGGCUUGGAAUUGUGAGCCAAACGGGCUAAUUUCAGUUUAGAAGAUGUUAAAGGGUCAAUUCACCCAAAUUAUUUGUAUAUAUAUA